AUGGUGAGUCCAGUUGCGUUCCUGGUCAAUGAUAACCUCCAGAAUAUUGACAGUGGAAGUUUCAGAGAUAGUAACACCACUGAAUGUCAAGGGCGACGGUCAGAUUGCCUCUUAUUGGUGAUGGUCACAGCCUGGCAUUCGUGUGGGUCGAACGGGACAUCUCAGGUCCCGCUCUGUUUACCCGGGACCAAAGCCCAUCUCCGCGGCUCACCAAACCAACCUGACCCGUUCCUUUUGCUUGGCUCCCGGGCUCACCCCGCUCCGUUUAUCCGGCUCCCGGGCUCACCCCGCUCCGUUUAUCCGGCUCCCGGGCUCACCCCGCUCCGUUUAUCUGGCUCUCUGACCCGUUUGAUUUUUGAAUGUUUAACCCCAACAUUCGAAUCUCCCUCCUUGACUAACGUAACUUCCGGCCCACUCGCCAAAACGAAGCAGAGGCGCAUGCUCUGUGCACGUGGUGACGGUUGGGUUCAGAUUCAAACAGAUGGUCGUUUCCCAGGUGAUGGUGGCUACGAAUCCAGAGACUCUCUCCUCUUUGUGCCAUUGUCAAACUGGCAGAUUAUGCCAUACAAAGAUCUAAGGCUGACGGAACAGAACAAGGAGUACAAAGUUACGGCUGUAAAGAAUGUGUGCAAAAAGCAAGGUCAACAUUACAUUUGAAAUUUUGAGAGGUCAAUUCAGAAGUCUAAUAACAUCGUAGAAGAGGCUGCUCUUGAACCUGCUGGUACGUGUGUUUGAGCUUUUGGAUGGAAGAGAAUAUAUAUGGGAUGGGAGGAGCCUUUGAUGAUAUUGGCUGUCAUUCCGAGCCAGCGAGAA